CAUAACAAGAAAAGAAGCUGCAGCCAGGCAAAGAGAAAGGAGAGAGAGAGGGGGGGAACUGGCUAGCUGGAGAUAAAGCCUAACCAGUGGUGCAAGUGCAACACACAGAAAUCAGACCAAGUCAUGUAUAGAUUUAGCAACACAGUGAUUGGUUUCUUGAAUCUAUUCACUCUCUUAGCUUCCAUACCAAUCAUUGGUGGAGGAUUAUGGAUGGCAAGAAGCAACACAACCUGUGAAAGUUUCCUUCAAACACCACUUCUGGUUGUGGGUUUUGUUGUGCUCAUAGUUUCACUGGCUGGCUUCAUUGGAGCCUGUUUUCAUGUUGCAUGGGCACUUUGGGUCUACCUAGUUGUCAUGUUAUUCCUUAUUGCAACCUUAAUGGGUUUGACAAUUUUUGGGUUUGUUGUUACAAGCCAAGGUGGUGGUGUGGAUGUGGCUGCUAGGGUUUACAAGGAGUAUAGGCUUCAAGAUUAUUCUCCUUGGUUGAGAGAUAGGGUUAAGGAUCCUGACUAUUGGAGGACAAUUAGGAGCUGCAUUUUGGGUUCCAAUGUUUGCUCCAAGCUUGCCUCUUGGACUCCUCUUGAUUAUUUGCAGAGAGACAUGUCUCCCAUUCAGUCUGGAUGUUGCAAGCCACCAACUUCAUGCAACUACAACAUGGCAACAUUGGUGCCUCAAGACCCAGAUUGUUACAAGUGGAACAAUUCCCCAACUCUACUGUGUUAUGAGUGUGAUUCUUGCAAAGCUGGAGUGCUUGAAGACGUGAGAAGGGAUUGGCACAAACUCUCAGUCCUCAACAUUGUGAUGCUUGUUCUUCUAAUUGGCAUCUAUUCAAUAGGAUGUUGUGCUUUCAAAAAUACAAGAAGGGCUGAAACUGAUUACGCUUAUGGAGAAAACAGGAUGACCAAAGUCAAACCCAGAUGGGAUUAUUAUUGGUGGAGAUGGUGGCAUGACAAGAGAGAACAGCUUUAUUAGCACAAAGUCUCAAUGGGCUAUGCUUCUUGGUGGUUUAAAGGUGAGACAAUUCAGUUGUUUUCUAGUGAAAAGCUGGUGGCCAUAUUGGAAGUUUCAAUGUCAUCUUCUUUCUUUUUAAGAGUCUUCUCUUCUGCUUUCUUUCUUUUCUUUUCUUUUCUUUUUUGUACUAAGAUGAAAUUCACUUUUAAUUUCCAAAGAUUAAGUAUUUA